CCCUGUAACACACACUCAGCUGUUACUGUCCACACGCGUCCAUUCACAAAAUCCACUCCGGGAGAAACCACCUCAGUCCAGAGCGACUUGUUGCGCAGCUGCUUUUCUCCGUGUCCUCCUCCGGACUGAGACUCUCUGAGAGGAGAACCCAGGUUCCAGCUCGCAUGAGAGGCGAGCGUGGGCCCGUGUGAAGUCCUCCCGUGGGUCCGCACUGAGCUGAGGAGUCUCUCUAAUAUGACCCGGGACUCAGGGGAUGAGAGUCAUGAGCUGGACGCGUCCUUGUCCCGGACUGGACCUGAGCCACUGCCUCUGCUACCUGACUCUGCUCCUGUGGACCCGACGCCUGAGUGGACUGGCUGACUUCUCAAACUACCUGUCCAGAAUCAUCACCAGUCACUCUGCCCACGCGUGUGACGGUCAGCCCCUGCGUCUCCACUGUCCUCGUCACUCCACCAUCUCCAUCCAGUCGGCCUUCUACGGGAGCGGGGAGGUGUGGGCGUGCAGGGAGGACCCCGACCCUCCACUCGGGGCCCGCAACCACAGCUGCUCUGCAUUCACCGCUCUACAGAAACUGCUGUCGGAGUGUCAGAGCCACAGAGACUGCCAGCUCCCCGUCAAUCACCUGCUGUUUGGGAAGGACCCUUGUCCCGGGACUUCCAAAUACCUCCACGUGGACUACAGGUGUAAACCCAGUGAGUUCAGCAGCUUCCCACGUGCUCCUCCCUGUUCACAACAGCUUUCACUGUCACGUCUCGUCCCACUUGAUUUGUUUCUGCCUCAGUUGCUCUCACACAUUCGCUGGUGGUCCCUAACCUCUGAGUUUCCUGCUGUCACCACCUCCUCAUCAUCACUAUUUCCCCCUCGCUCAGCUGAACACAGAAGACAUGUGGCCUGUGAGGGAGACACCAUGGUCCUGAGCUGUAAGCCCCCCAGGCUGCUGAUCAUCUAUGCAGCUGUCUAUGGCAGAAGUCUGGGUCACACUGACACCUGCCCCUCACACCUGACGAGACCACCCCCUUUUGAAUGUCUCAACCACAAGGCCGUGCACUCGGUGUCCAAGUCCUGCCACAGCAAACAGAAGUGUGCUGUUGCCGUCAGCAACCAGACCUUCAGGGACCCCUGCUUUCCAGGAACCAGGAAGUACCUCAGUGUGAUCUAUUCUUGUGUCCCACAGUCUUUACUAAGGGAGGCAGACCCCGGUGUGUUCAGCUCCACCCCGUCUCCGCCUGUGGAGCCAGAAAAAGCUUCUCCUGUAGAUCUGGAAGAGGUUUUGGCCAAAGGGUCGAGAAGACCAGGCAACUCUGGAGCAGUGAUGAGCACCUCUCUCCUGACCUACGCCUACAUCAGAGCACAUCCAGAAAUGGCGGCGCUGCUCUUCACCUCCAGCGUGUGCGUUGGCCUCCUCUUCACGCUGCUGGCUGUAUCAGUCCGCGUGACCUGCAGAGGGCGCCGGCUCAGAGAUCACGGACUCCAAACCAGGUCUUGUAGCCAGACUGUCAAACACCAGGAGGAGGAAGAUGAAGACGAAGAUGAUGAUGAUGAUGAUGAAGGAACUGAAAGUUCUGUAAUCUCAGCCACAGAGAGGAAGGCAGCAUGUGACUGGGAGGAAGUGACUUAUGAGAGCGAGGCGGCCGAUCGAGCGGAGAGGAUCGAGCGCAGAGAUAUGGUCAUACAGGAGAUUUGGAUGAACGCCUACCUGAACGGCAGCUCGUGUUAAAAAACCCCGAGCGUUUUACCGUCAACAAAACAAGAAACUUUAAGAGACUUUCGUUUACAUUGUAUGUUUAUGUGUCGUGUAUUGAUGUUUAUGAAGAAUGUAAUGGAAAAUGGAAAAUGCAGAAAUAGCCUUUUUUAUGCUGUAAUAUGUGAUCACAUAAAAAGUCUGUAAUUAUGAAUAUAAAAUAUAGUUUUUAUUUACAUUCAGCACCGAUUGAAGUAAAUAUUUCAGGUUUAAAUUCAGUUGCUGACACAGUGGCGUCGUUCAUUCAUGAAUGUUACUGUUCUGAUUCAUCAUCGAGGCGUCACAGCAGCUUCAUCAGUCAAACCGAGGAACAUGUUUCCUCUACUUUGUCUAAAUGAAACCAUGAAA